AUGGCGCGGGUGCAGUCGCUGGACCCGCGUCCCCAGCGGUGCUAUCGCUGCCUCCUUACGGGACACGUGGGAGUGCGAUGCACCGCUACGGAGGACAGCAGCGGAAUAUGUUUCCGCUGCAGCGAGCCCGGCCAUAAGGCCGCGCGCUGCGCCGCGCCAUCGCCGAAGUGUCGGUAUUGUGCCGCGGCGGGUCGGAAAUCCGACCAUAGAGUGGGCGUCACAAAUUUGUGUCGCCCGCCUAAGGCCCGAGCCGCGGCACGGGCCACACGCGGGGGGGGGGAGUCGAUGGACACUUGA